AUGUCUUUCUCUACACUUUAUAAAGUAUUCUUCAAAAGAAAUGCAGUUUUCGUGGGAACUAUCUUUGCAUUAGGUUUUGUCUUCCAAGAUUCAUUUGACACAGGAGUCACUGCAUGGUACAAUGCUCAUAACAAAGGCAAAUUAUGGGUCGACGUUAAGCAAAACCUUAAUUUAGUGAAUAAUGGUGAUGACGCAGAUGCAGAUGUUGAAGAUGAAUAA